AUGAUCAGAUAUAUCUUCUUCCCCCGCCAUGGAUCAAGCAGAACAAGCAUACACAUAACGGCUUUAGAUGGGACGCUGAACGUGAACUCAUUGUUCACGCUGGCCGUCUUCUUGGGCAUCUUCAUCAACCCGGCGGACCCCACGAGCAGUCUUGUCGGGACAACCGCCUGCGCCGCAAGCUCGACCGUGGCCAAGCAGUUUGUGGAGUUUCACGUCUACUCGUUCAGCUCCUUCCUCUUCUCCAGCCUCAUCGCGUCUUGCCUUAAGCUGGCCAUCAGGACAGAUGAUGGGAUUCACGGACCCAGUGGCGGGCACGUUAAUCUGCGGGUUUUGCGAGCCGGGAUUUGCGCAACGGCUUGUGGGUCAGUGGUGGGGUGUGCUUUUCUAGGACUGGCUCUGGUGAACCUGAUGCAGAUCAAGCUGGGCAGUCUGGGUUGUUGGGGAUGGCACACGGUGGCGGCCAUUGGUCCACUCGUGAUUUUAGUACCCGCGGCACUUCUUAUUUACAUAUGUCUCCUGUGUUAUGCUUUCACAAGAUAG